CGACAAUCAUGUUUCUAAAUCUGUGUGCAGAAUGGGGACUGCGCAUGAUCUUUGCUUUGUAGAGCUCGCUUCCCCAAUUGAUCAAUGCGCCAUCUGUUUUCCGUCCCUGUUGUUUCAGCAUGUUGAAGCGUGGGUACAAAUCAAAGGCAUGGAGUGGUCCUCAGAAUUGGCGGGUCCCAUUACUUCUUGUAUUUCUUACACUGAUGCUUGUUGGACUUCUGUUACUAUUUCAAGAUGAAGUUCAAAAGCCUAAGUUAUCUGACAGACUUCAAAAACAGAAGUGGAAUAGGUUUGACUCGAUAGUACAACUGCAUCCCACAGUAGAGUUCCGGAAUGGAACAGAUGUAAUAUGGCAAAUGCCUGAAUCGCCCAAGGCUGUUCUCUUUCUGGCUCAUGGAUGCAAUGGCAGAGCCAUCAACUUUUGGGACCAAUCACUUGAGUGCCCUAACUGUGUUGGGCUACCCGAAGAACGAUUACUUGUACUUAAUGGUCUUGCUCGAAAGUUUGCUGUUAUUACUAUUUCAAGUGCUGGAAGAUGCUGGACGUUAAAUGAAGAAGUUUUAAUUGUUAAAAACAUCAUAAAUUGGUGGAUUAGUGAAAGGAAACUUGAUAAACUUCCUCUUGUAGCUUUGGGUGCUUCUUCUGGUGGGUAUUUUGUAUCUGUGCUUGCUAAUAUUAUGAAGCUUAGUAGCAUUGUUCUCAUGAUAGCGGAAGGAACAUUUGGGCAAAUCAAUAUGAAAAAGGACUAUCCGCCUACUCUCUUUGUGCACAUGCCUAAAGAUCUCUACAGGCAGCAGAAAAUAGAUGAAUAUGUGGAAAUUUUUAAAGAUAAAGGGGUAGACGUUGAUGUUAUUGAAUGCAUGGAGUUCCCUUUAUCACCAAACACUUUAGCUGAUAGAAUUCCUGGUCUUGAUCGAUCUGUUUCUGCAAGGCUGUUUGAGUUCUUUCAGGAAAAGGGAUUUAUUGAUGAAAAAGGAUACAUGAAGAAUGAUGGGCGUGCAUUGAAUUGGAAAAGGGCUCUUCAGGAGAAGAAAAGUCUCUCACUUGAUAAGAAUCUGUUCCCACACAUCCAAGAGGAGCUAAACCUUGCAUUUGCUUUCCAUGAGAUGACUAGCGUUCAUUCUGAUCAGAUCUUUAAGUGGUUUGAAUCUCACAUGAGCUGAUAAAACCUUACUCAGUUUUUUUUUUCUUUUCUAUCUUUGUAAUAUAAAUUAAUAUAUAUAGCCAUUAUGACACUGUCUUUUCCUUAAAAAAAUUAGGCAAAAUAGUCUUCCUCUCAAUUUUGUAAUAUCCAGUGGUUCACAUGUAAAGUUUUCUAAUUGAUGGUACCUCUGGUCACACAGAUAAGAUACAGAGAUUAUGGCAGCUCAAAAUAUUUAUUAUUCACGUCCGAUUUAUAGUAUCUGGUUCAAGAAUUGAAGACGUA